ACCAGAUUUAGAAAACCCUAAACCGAGCGUUAGGACUGCACGUGGGUACUGGUACCGAAGAUGGGUGUUCGUGUGGCCACGUGUCCAGCAACGCCGAGAAACAAACGGUCGGCGGCAACAACCACGCUCAACACUCUUAUCGCUCAUUCUAUUGCAUCGCACGGCAACAAAGCAACAAAGGUAGCACGCUUAUCGAACCAUGUCGGGAAAGCAGAAUGAUAGUAAAUCUACAGACGUUUUGAUUCCGAAGGUAACUCCUCCUCAUGUCGAAAGUUGCAAGAAGCGAAAAGGCGAGAGACCUCAAGAUGACACAAAGCAUCUUCGUCCUUCCACGGCGAGACGCCGUCUUAUCAGUAAUGACAAUGAAUCGGAAACGAGGGCAAAUAGAAAUCCCGGUUCUUGCCAUGUCGGCACUCAGGAAGCCUGUUUGGUGCCCACAGACAGCGAUGCAUCGUCGGCGAUCCCAUUCUCCCAGCAGCUCACGCAGCCAGUUGCGUAUACCCAAGACCUAUCUGCAGGGCUCGACGACCACCAGCAACAGCCGACUUUGCUUGGAUUCUUGGAAGACAAUAAUGACCCCAGUACAAAGAAGGAGAUUCGCAAGGACACUGUGGUCUUGGGACGCAGCCAUUCCGCUGACGUUACUAUCGAAAACGAGAGUGUGAGCCGAGAACACUGCAAACUUGUCUUCUCUCCAGACAGCGGAACAUGUUCUCUGGUCCCAUUAAAAACGUGUUGGAUUAAACAAGAUAACCGAUGGUAUGCGGUAGCAGAAGACCGGACGUCCUCACUGCCCCAUCAAGGACGAUUUCGUUUGCUCCCGCCAGGAAAGGCCGCGGAAGCCAGGUGCGAAGGGGUCGACUUCACCCUUUUCUUGACAGCAACGGAAACAGAAGAACCACCUGCUCCAGGAUCACAUUCCUUUGAUGUACAGUAUCUGAAGCUGCUCAGAUCUAUAGAGCAAGAUGGUGUCGGGAAGGUCAACAAGAAAGGUCUCAACCGAGCACUGCCGAGAUCUUUUCUCCUGGAUAUUGAUUUGGGAGACCCUAAAGGCGAAGAUCGAAGUUUGCUGCCGGUGACAUCUCUCCGCAGCCUCUAUGGUGGACGUGGUGCUCUCAUUGAGGCUUUGUGGUAUCUACGUGGUGAAGAUCACAUCCAAUUUCUACAACACAACAAAUGCCACUUUUGGGACAAGCAGGCAAUCAAGAAAGGAGAUGUGGACUGGGUUGGAUGGAGCUAUGGCUUGCUUACCAAUUUCCCACAGGCAAAUGGAGAUCAAAAGGGAAUCAAUCAGCUGGAGGAACGAGUGAUCAAGCCUCUGUGCAAACAUGGCUCGUGUUCCCGAAACAUGACUUGCUCAUUGGAUAAGCCAGGAGAGGAAACUGUGCAAGGAGCUUGUACAUCCGGAAUACAAUUCUCAGUUUCAGGCCACUCCACAGAAGAAGAGGCCUUGAACCUGACGAUCAAUCAACGAUCAUCCGAUGUUAUGAUGGGGCUUCCUCAUGAUGUAGUGGUUUGGAGCAUCAUCCUUCACUUGGUACGACGAGAGGCUUGGAUCCGGGCCAAACGAAAGCUUUUGGCUGGCAAGUUAUCCUUCGUAAUUGGUCAAAAUGCAGCGCACGUGUACCAGCUUAACUGGGGAUCUAUGCAGGAGAUUCUGGAGCGAGAACCCAUCCCUGAAUGCCAACCAUAUCUGGUGGUGGAGGAUGAAGACUUGACCAACCCACGUGGCAUCUUUGAUUUGGCAAAGAACUACAACCCGAAAUCACUGCGAAUCUGUAACUACACAAAGGCCUCGUACCAUCCAGCAAUCACAUUGGAGCAGGCCGUGGAACAUGAGUAGCUUUCCCGUUGAUAUAGUCUUACCUCGAUGGAAAGGAGGAACGUUUAACUAUAGCUUUUCUUUUGCUUAUCCA